UCCGGCGGGGAGGGGGCGGCGGAGAGAAGGGAGCCCCGGCUUGGUGGGGGUUGAUGGCUCCCGAGUUCGGCUGUGUCUCACCGCCCCAGCCCCGCUGCUGAGCGGGAGUCACCGGCAGAAUCGACCGGAGGAGGAGCUCGCCGGCGAAGAGAUGUCUUCUCGAAACAUGGCUGGCCAACACAUCCUUCCUCAAGCUUUGUAUCAGAGCAAUAUGCUGAAAGCCAUGAAGAUUAGAGAGAGGACACCUGAAGAUCUGGUCAGACCGCCCAGUGGAAUAAUUCACCACUUCAGGACUAUGCACAGAUACACUAUAGAAAUGUUCAGAAUGUGCCAGUUUUGUCCUCAGUUUCGGGAAACACUUCAGAAGGCCCUGACUGACCAAGCCACCCAGACAUCGCUGGAGCGCCAGAGGAAGCUCAACUGGUGCAUGGAAGUACGGAGACUUGUCCCUUUGAAGACUAAUGGUGAUGGAAAUUGCCUUUUGCAUGCUGCAUCGCAGUACAUGUGGGGUAUUGAAGACAUUGACCUUGUCUUAAGAAAAACGUUGUUUAGCGCCCUCAGGGAGACUGACACACAGAACUUCAAGCUCCGCUGGCAGAGGGAAGCUAUGAAAUCCCAGGAGUUUGUAGAAACAGGACUUCAGUAUGACACCCGGAACUGGGAGGAGGAGUGGGAAUAUCUCAUUGAAAUGACCUCCCCAGAAACAUCUGGGGCUCGAAACAGGCUUCCAUAUAAUGCAUUGGAAGAAAUCCACAUCUUCGUCCUUGCUAACAUCCUUAGAAGGCCAGUCAUUGUCCUUGCAGAUAAAGUGGUGCGAAGCUUAGAGUCAGGCUCCAGUUUUGCUCCUCUGAACGUUGGUGGUGUUUAUUUGCCUCUCCUUUGGCCAGCUGAAGAAUGCUACAGAUACCCAGUUGUGCUUGGCUAUAACAACAUGCAUUUUACACCACUAGUGACCCUGAAGGACAGUGGGCCAGAAAUCCGGGCUGUCCCUCUGGUCACCAGUGAACGAGGCAGAUUUGAGGAUUUGAGUGUGCACUUUCUGACAGAUGCAGAAGAGAGGGAUAAAGAGCAGCUGCUAAAAGACUAUUUGAUAGUGAUAGAAAUUCCAGUGCAAGGCUGGGAUCAUGGUACAACUCAUCUAAUUAAUGCUGCAAAGUUAGAUGAAGGCAACCUACCCAAAGAAAUAAACCUUGUGGAAGAUUAUUUUCAACUGGUACAGCAUGAGUACAAGAAGUGGCAGGAAAACACUGAACCUGCUAGAAGAGAGAGCUGCUCCAGGAACAAACAGGAACUAUCUCUUUCCCAGCUCUCCCUUUUACAGGUGAAAUGUGAAAUGCCCAACUGCCCUUUCUACAUGUCUGUGAACACCCAGCCCUAUUGCCAUGAGUGCUUUGAGCGAAGGUCCCAAGGAAGCAAAGCAAGAAAGCAGACCUCCAAAGCAACCCCUGAGAAACUGAAGGAAGCUGGGUCAGGCUCCUCCCCACAGGAUAUUUGUGAACCUGGGGGAUGGAUAUCUGAAGGGCCUGUGACAGGGCCUCGCUCUGCACCUCCUACUGCCCCAAGUCUUUUCCUCUACAGUGAGACCACAGCCAUGAAAUGCAGGACACCAGACUGCCCCUUUACAUUAAAUGUGCAACAUAAUGGGCUUUGUGAACGUUGCUACAAUUCCAGGCAGCUUGGUCCUUGCAACGACUUGGAUGACCAGAGGCAUUUGGACUAUGCCACAUGCAAAGUGUGCCGUCAGAAGGCCAACAGGACUUUCAAUGGCAUAUGCAGCACUUGCUUCAAAAGGUCUACGGAACACUCCUCAAACGGAAGCCCCGCUUUCCUGCCCACCUGCCACCAGAGAUCAACAUCUGACCCAUCCCAGAUCUUGCAGAGCCUCCUCCAACACUCCUGCCAUCAGGCUCCCAACAGCCGCAACAAGGACGCCCUGCAGCCAGUGCUGCCUCCCGAGGAGAGGAGGGCAGGUAACCUCUGCAGGAAACCUGGCUGCAAAUUCUUUGGGACGUCACAAAAUGAAGGCUUUUGCACACUAUGUUUCUUCGAGUACAGGGAAAACCAAGACAGUGCUUUGCUACGCCACCAAAGAAGAUCUCAGAAGUCCUCAGCAGCAGGUCAGCCAGGGAACUCUGCUGCCACCUUCCGUAACACCGUGUCCUGCCAGCGGCGUGACUGCGGCACCCUGGGCAGCACAAUGCUCGAGGGGUACUGCCAGAACUGCUUCAUUAAAGCCCAGAACCAGCGAUUUCAGGAAGCCAGGAGGACAGAACAACAGCUGGUGAGACAGACAGAAAGAACAGGACAGCACAGAGACUUGCAGCAAGCAGCGUUAAGUAGCCAGAAGAGACAGUGUGCAGUGGCUUCCUGUAGAAACAACCUGGCCUGCAGAAGUGAUGACUUGUGCCGGGAGUGCCAGAGGCUUCUGCCAUUGGGAACUGCCAGGGACCCAGCUGCAGAGGAGCCCCCAAAGCAGCGCUGCCGAGCCCCUGCCUGUGAUCACUAUGGCAAUGCCAAGUGCAAUGGCUACUGCAAUGAAUGCUACCAGUUCAAACAGAUCUAUGGGUAGCAGAGGAGAACAGUUGGUCAAGAGCAAGAAGGCAAUAACAGCAACUUCCUUCGCUGAAAUGGUGCUAUGUCCAAAACACUUAACAGGCCUGGGAGUUGGGGGGGUGGGGGGGUGUUGGAAAUAUAAGCUGUCUGCUCAUUUCCUGUUUAUUCCCAAGAACAGGAAUAAAUGUUGACUUCCUCUAAACACUGCAAAUAAGGACUGCUGAGAAGGGCAAGUUGCCUUCUGCACAGAGCUGUCAUUCAUGGCUA